AGAGACCCAAAAUCUAUGAAAAGGAAACUGAUUUUGAUAAGAUUGAGCGGGUGGAAUUAAGAAGCAAACACAAAAUCCAGUGCACCGUAAGCGGGAAUCCUGACCCGAAGAUUGAGUGGAAGUGGCAGCCCUGCAGCCUCACAGACACACUAUGCAACCCCGAUGGGCAAAAAAUUGUGGUUCAGGAGAACAUGUUCAUAGGCAACAAGAUCGGAAGCAUUGAAAACUUAACCAUGAAGCAUGGGGAUAAAAGAAAGAUUGUGAGCACACUAACUAUGGAGAACAGCAGUGCAUCAGGAAUCUAUUACUGUGUGGCUUCAAACAAGAUCGGCGAAGAAGAGAGGAGCAUUGAGUUCUACGUCUCAGAUGUGCCAUUUGGGUUGCAAACAGACCCACAAGUCACAACCAUUGUGGGGAAUGACGUCCGGCUGACCUGCCGGGCCUCCAAGUACAUCUACAGUCACCUGUCCUGGUAUUACCCCUCCUCAGAGGCGGCUCUUAGUGACUCAGUGAUCAAGAAAACUGACAACUAUUCCAUUUCUUUGACACUGGUCAUUACUAACGUCACGAAGGAACAGAACGGCCUCUACAAGUGCAGAGCCCAGAACCAGCACAACAGCACCGACACGCUAGAACAGCACACUCAGCUCCUCGUCAGAGCAAAAGCAGCACCAUAUAUGAUACAAAACCUCACGGAUCUGGAGGUUAACAUCAGCGGCAAGAUCAUUCUGGAGUGCAAAGUUAGUGGAACGCCAGAACCUCAGAUUACGUGGAGGAAGAACGGCUACCCCAUUUCAGCAGCAUCAGGAAUUUCCAUGGAAAAUAAUACCCUGGUCAUUGAGCGAGUGAAAAAGGAUGAUGAAGGGCUCUAUGAAUGCAAAGCAUCCAAUGACAUGGGCCAAGACAGCACAUCAGCCUUCAUUAAAAUACAAGGUUCUGAGGAAAAAUCCAACAUUGAAGUUAUCAUUUUGGUCUGCACUGGUCUAGCCGCUACUCUCUUCUGGCUUCUUCUGACCCUAUUCAUUCGGAAACUGAGAAAACCUGAUGCCACAGAUAUUAAAACAGGAUACCUGUCAAUUAUAAUGGAUCCAGAGGAAAUGCCUCUUGACGAGCAGUGUGACCGUCUUCCCUAUGACAGCAGUAAAUGGGAGUUCCCAAGAGACAGACUGCGGCUGGGUAAAACACUGGGUCAUGGUGCUUUUGGGAAGGUGGUGGAGGCGUCUGCUUUUGGCAUUGAUAAAUCUUCAACCUGCAAAACAGUUGCCGUAAAAAUGCUUAAAGAAUGUGCAACUACUAAUGAAUGCAAGGCUUUAAUGUCUGAACUGAAGAUCCUCAUCCAUAUAGGACAUCAUCUGAAUGUAGUCAACCUGCUGGGAGCCUGCACCAAAGCUGGAGGUCCUUUAAUGGUCAUAGUAGAAUACUGCAAGUAUGGAAAUCUGUCCAACUAUCUAAGAGGAAAACGAGGAGAUUUCAUUGCAUACAAGUCCCAGGAAAACUCUGACCAAGCAGAGAAAAGUCUGGAUGAGUCCAACAGUGAUUUGACCGAACUGAUCAAGAGGCGCCUUGAGAGUGUAGCCAGCACAGGAAGCUCUGCCAGCUCAGGAUUUAUUGAAGAUAAGAGUUACAGUGAUUCAGAAGAUGAUGAAGAAGAUGCUGAGGAUCUGUACAAGCGGCCCCUGACUUUGGAGGAUCUGAUUUGCUAUAGCUUCCAAGUGGCAAAAGGCAUGGAGUUUCUCGCCUCCCGAAAAUGCAUUCAUCGGGAUUUGGCAGCAAGGAACAUCCUUCUUUCAGAGAACAACGUGGUUAAGAUCUGUGACUUUGGACUAGCCAGGGAUAUUUAUAAAGACCCUGACUAUGUGCGGAAAGGAGAUGCAAGACUUCCGCUCAAAUGGAUGGCUCCAGAAGCUAUUUUCGACAAAAUUUACACAACGCAGAGUGACGUAUGGUCUUUUGGAGUGCUGCUAUGGGAAAUAUUUUCUCUAGGUGCCUCACCAUACCCUGGAGUGCAGAUAGAUGAGGACUUCUGCCGACGGCUCAAAGAAGGAACCCGGAUGAGAUCUCCAGAGUACUCUACUCCAGAAGUCUACCAGACAAUGCUGGAUUGUUGGCAUGGAGUACCCACAGAGAGGCCUACUUUCACUGAGCUUGUGGAGCGCUUAGGAGAUCUUCUUCAAGCCAAUGUACAGCAGGAUGGUAAAGACUAUAUUCCACUGAACAUCACCUUGUGUCCUGAUGGAGAAUCUAACUCCAAAACUUGCCCUGUGGAAGAAAACUUGAACAAGUGUGUUAAUCGCUGGAGUGCAGUGGAAACUGGUAACAACAGCAAGAAGCGACCACUGAGUGUGAAGACAUUUGAUGAGGUGCCAGUGGAAAAGGAGAAAGUGAUGCAUGAGGAGUCAGACAGUGGGAUGGUGUUGACAUCAGAUGAGAUAAAAAGCCCGAAAAGGCUGGAAAUCCGUUCUUGGCCUUAUGGGAUCAUGGCUCUAGCGCGGAGAGCUGUUAGCAAGAGCAAAGAAUCCAUAUUAUCUGAUCAUGAGCGUGAGGCUGUCAAAUACCAGCCAGCAGUACAGGUAGAAGAGGACACCAUGGACUUCACACUGGAAGACUCUGUUCUCCUUCCUAUGGAUCCAAACCUGGAAUGCCACAGCCCACCUCCAGAUUACAACUCCGUCAUUCACUACUCAGCCCCUCCAGUGUAA